CCAGCCGGAGCCAAUCGCCUGCCCCUGGGGCCCGGUUGCCUAAACCCCAGCCUGCUUCAUGCCUCCCAUCCACCUGUGGGGACCCAGAAAUGGAGAACUUUGAAUACAGUAUCCAGCUGAGUGACAAGGACUGGGCUGACUUCUCGGAAGCCGCAGAGGAGUGUGGCCUCCUUCAGGCCGCUCUGGCCUCAGGGGACGAGCCACUUUCCAGUGACAUUGACCAAGGGGACAGCAGCGGCAGCAGCCCCCCCGGGCCCCCUCCCCCUCGGCUCUUCCGCGUUCAAGCAGGCAGCCCCCCACCCGAGGGCCUGCUGAAGGUGCUGGGCAGGCGCCCGCUGCCCGGGCACCUGGCCACUGCCCAGGGGGGCUGCUCGGGCAGCGAGGAGGAGGAGAGCCCAGACAGCCGCCUGGUCAGCAGGUUUCGGUGUGAGCGUGUCCUGGCCCCGGGGGCCGGUCAGCAGACUCGGCGCACGUCCGCCCAGCUGGAGGAGCAGCUGCCCUCCGGUGUCCUCAGCCCUGACCAGCUCACUCCUGCCCUGGUGCCUCAGCUUAGCCCCCGGGGCAGCAGGAUGCAGAAGUCCUUGCAGGAGGCGGCUGCCCAGGCCUCUGAGGCCGGCGUCCACUCAGGGAAGGACCCCCCGAGCCAGGAGCAGCCCAGCAGCCGUGGGUCACCCGAAGGAAAGAGAUCUCCCCGAGAGCCUCAUCCUGGAGCCUCUCCCCGAAGCCCGGGCAAGAAGAAGAGGAGGUCAGUAGGGGCCAAGGGAAGCGGAUCCCCGAAAGCUCAGGCCCCCCCCAGCCCCUCACUGGCUCUGCCCCCCUCUUCAGGGAUCCCGCCAGACAGGGGACCCCAAACCAGGGCACACGGCAACGUGGCCCCGGCUGCCUUGGCAGGGAACGAUCCAGGAUCAACGUUCCCAGUGAGGGGAGCUGCAGACGGGCUCAGCCACGGGCCAGACUCCCAGGAUCCAUCGUCCACCCCGGACGCGGCCCCCAAACUGUCUCCUCCCGCCCCGGGUCCUGAGGCAGGACUCAAUGGGUCGAUGCCCGUUCCCCCAGAACAGUCGUUCUUGGAUGUGUCCUCACCUGUCUCAAAGACGGAGGCCCCAGGGAACGUGUCCACACCUACCUGGAUCCCUGAAGCGAGAGAGAACCCGCCUACGCCUGUCCCCUUACCUGGGAGGAGUGCGAGCUUAAUUGGAGUGGCCUCUGAGGCGGAGCCGGAGCCAGGUGGCGCUACUAAGACCGGCCCCGAUGGCGGUGCCCGCACGCCUACACCCACGGCAGACCUGGGAAAUCCUCCGUCUACACGGCUUCUCUUGGCCAAGGCAGGCGCAGGCCCAGCUCCUGGCCCCAAAGCUCGGCUACAUGAGAAUCUCUCCACGCGGGCUCCCGAGGUCCAGCCAGAUGUGCAGGCGUCCGGCGCUGACCUCGAGUCCGGCCCACACGUGAAUGUCUCCCCUCGUGCUCCUGGAGCCGGGCCAGAUACGGAUCUGUCUACGUCCGCCCAGAUCCCCAGGGGGCCCCGCGUCCAAGCGCGUCCAGGAGGACUCCCCGAGGGCGGCGGCAGAGCUCCAUCGGCUCCGGGAUCCCUCGGGGAGCCCUUGCUGGGAACUGGUGAGGCCGAGCCCCCCACUGAGGCCGUCACCCCAGCCCGAACCCCAAGGAGGAAGAAGGUUCGUUUUUCAGGGGUCUCUCCCUCGUCUCUAGAGGGCUCAGACUCGGUCUCCCCAUCUUCAGCCUCGCCGGACAGCGGAGGCCCCGAGACCCCGAGGACUUUGGGAGGAGGCCGAGGGGGCCCUAGAACCUGGGAUGCCGUGGCCGUGGGACUGCACCCCCAGCCACGGAUCCUGAAGCAGCCGCCACCGCCGGCGUCCCCAUCGGCCCCGGCCAAGGGGUCUGCGGGACGCAGGGAGGACUUUGCCCUCACUCUCCCUGAGGCCUACGACUACUUUUUCUGUGACACCAUAGUAGAGGAAGAGGAGGAGGAGGAGGAAGAGGACAUCCCAGCCGACCUGCAGUGGCCUGAGGUGUGUGAAUAUUUUUUUCGGGACAGUCUCCUUCCAGGGCACAGGGGCCCCCCAGGAGCGCCUCUCCAAGCGGCUGCCCAUGUGGAACCGGUUCCCAUAACUAUCCCAGAGGCCUACGAACACUUCUUUGGGGAGGAGGGGCCGAGCGGCCCCCCUUGGGUCCCCCUCGCCGGCCAGCAGCCUGUGGGGCCUGAGUGGGCUCCUCUCCAGGCCUGGCCUAGAGCCCCCGCCCCCGAAGACCAGAACCCGCGGAAAGCCGAGGAGCUCGGCCUGACAGUGAGUGUCCAAGGGGAGCAGAGGGCUCCGCUCAUCCCCUUCACCUUCAACCAGAACGAUAUGUGCCUGGGCUUUGUGGCCUUUGCCACGUGGGCCGUGAGGACUUCGGAUCUUCAUGCACCGGACGCCUGGAAAACAGUGUUGCUGGCCAACAUCGGUGCCAUCUCGGCCAUUCGCUACUUCCGGAAGCAGACGGGAGAAGGACGCCCGUGCCCGUAGCCCCACGUUAGGGCCGGCUGGGGCCCAGGCAGACAGGCCCCAGCCCGGGUCGGCUGCCUAGACUCAGGGUUCGAGGGCGGCUGGCAACUUGCCAAAGCGGGACCGGCUUGAGAGCCCUCCAUGACAUUGCAGUCCAGGUGAUCCCAGGUCAUGUUCACCCCAUGCAUCCCCCACCCCCAAUCCCUUCCUCCCACAUCAGGCUUGUCCAUGGGACAACUGGCCAGCCUCCCGCCUCCUCUGCUUGGGAGGGAAAACAAAGAAACCACAUCCAGAGACCUUCCCCACCUUCCCUCUCAGCGGGAUUGAGAGGUCUGGCCGAAGGCCGGGCUGCAGGACCUAUGGCCAGUCGGGUUCCAAAAGGUGGGGCGAGGGAGGGGGAAUGGCCCCUUCUGCCUGCUCCGGAGCCUUGGUGUGAAUGUUGGUGGUAAGCAUCGAGGCUAAUUCCUGAAUGAUUUGGAGGCCGGAGACAAGAGACCAAGAGGUCUGAGGGAGGGGGAUGGAAGGUAAGGGGUGGGGGCCAGGCAGGCAGGCAGGCAGGCAGGGUGCCCCUUCUGGGGCCUUCAGCCUCCUCGCCGGUCUGGUACAGAGCACCCACUUCAGGGAACCCCUCUGCACUGGCUGGCGAGCGACACCGAAGGCAAUUAGUGGAGGCGUCUUUCCUCUGCCCCCACUUGGUGGCAUUGUGGUCAAGGGGACUAGAGGAGGGGGUGGAGGAGGCAGGAGGAGGCCUGGGCUCAGGAGCUCCCCUGCUUGGGGACCCACGAGGCCCACUCAAGUUGGGUGUAUAAUAAGGGUGCCCAGGAAGGAGCAGGUAGGGUCGUCUAAGGAUCAGGGACGGUGUUGGCAGAUUGUAGAUGUACGUCGGGAAACGGAGGACUCCUUAAGAAAGGACUGAGCUUCGAUGGAGAGGUGGGCAGGGGACGUCAUGAGGGCAAAGGGCAGCUCAGGGGAGCUGGGCGCACCUGGCCGUUUGGGGAAGAUGGGAGGAGAGUAACAGAGGAGGGAGCCAAGAGGGCAGCAGGAAGGUUGAAGGCCCCAGAUCCGUCGGACAAGGAGUGGUAGGGCUCUCAGCUCCUCCGAGUGACUGCCGGCAGGGAAUGGACACACAGGCAUUGGGUGACAAUAAAAUUUCUUUUUUCUA